AUGACAACAACAAAACCAUCCGACCAGCCCUCGGGCCAACAACAGCAACAGCAGCCGCCGCCUAGUAAGGCGGUGGCGGAUAUGCUGGCGCUGGUAGCGAGCUCGGGGAGUCAUGUGGUUAAAUUGACAUUGGAGGUGAAUUACUCAUUGGAGAAAUUGGUCGCAGCCCCCACAAGCAUAUCCUAUCAACGCAAGAAACCAGGCAACCCGCCCGAUGCCGCGGCGGCCAAGAAGCGCAAGAGCGCCCUGGACGACUACCGCAAGUUCUAUCUCGCAUACUCGAUUGGCGGCGUGUAUGAGGGGAAGACGGAGGUGCUGCUCGCUGAUCAGUCGCCGUGGGUCUGGACGCAUGAUGUUGCUGUUAAGUCGACCUUUCUGGCAGAUCUCUACGACAAGCCAACAACAGUGAGCCUUUUCGAGAUCGUAACACGAACCAUCGACGGCAGCAUUGUCCCCAGGCCCGACGACACCGGCGAACUCGCCGCCUCAAUCGCUCUGAAUCCCAUCACCUCCACCGGAGCUGUUGCAGGGGCACGAGCGGGCAGCGGACGGACGCUCAACGGAUCCCGACUGCGUCUUUCCGCAUCUGUGACUACAACGGAGCGGGUCGGUUCACUGUCAGCGCUAGCAAAGCGACAAAUCAUCCUUGCGAACGCCCACCUCCCCGCGAGGGACCGCCACGCGCUGGUGCAAAAAGCGGCCCGGUAUGGGUUUGGGAUCGAUGAGGUGGUGCAGGCUGCCGCGGCGGAGGAUCGGGCAGCAGGGCAGCGACGGAGCGGGAGCGCGCAGAAACGGGGGCAGACCAAGUCCGGGUUAUCGUCACGGCCGCGUUCGGGUGAAAAGAAAGAGGGUGGAGAAGCCACUAUUCCGGCCGACGCGAAAAAAGCAGAUACAGAUACCGGAAGAGCUUCAACAAGAGCAACCACAGCCUCCUCCUCCAACAACAACACCCGCACCCGCUCCGUCUCCCGCGGCGGCUCUCCACGCCGCCGGACCGUCUUCGAAAACCCCGACGGCACGCCAAUCCGCGAGGGUCCCCUCCCGCACCACUUUGACCGCCCCGACCGCCACCUCAGCGCGUCCGCAAAAUCCCGCAGCAAACGCGCAUCUCCAGAACCCUCCCAACCCUCAGCCCCCGGCACCGCGGGGGCCGACGAUGGAGCGGAGUGGAAGGAGUUUCUGAGCGUCAUGGAUUCUAUUCGCAAGGAUACGGGAAAAGAGAAGGAGAAAGAGAAAGUUGGAGCGAAAAAGGCGCCUCUGCCGCGUAAACAUCCCAAACCGCCACCGGUAAUUGAAAGCAAGGUUCCCAUUGAAACCGCUGGCAGCCGCCGCCCGUCCACGACGAAAUCGGAUGGGAGAGGGAAGGGACGAACGACGGUGGAGAUAAAGGAUGAGCUUAGGGGUGUAAUUUCGCUGGAUUUGUCGGACUUCUUUUGGGGGGAUUUGAGCGUGAAUGCUGAAUUGCCACGGACGGACGGGAUGAACUUUUUCCGCGUGAAACUGUUCCUGAACACCCCGCUGCUGUCCAAACAGCAGGAAGAAAGCCUCAACCCAAUAUCAAUAACCAUGCUCGCCGCAAACGACAUGCCCGACCGCCCAGUCCCCUUCUCAGAGCUCAACCGCCUCUGCGAGCCAGUCUUCACCCGCUUCUCCUUCCCCACCGACCCGCACACCCACCAAUCCCUCGCCGCCGCACCGCACGGGCGCCGCAUCGCCUUCAACACCCGUCACCUCGUCCUCGGCGGCUUGCUGGAUGAGGAUAGAUUGAAGGAGGAGCUGUUGGGGAGACGGUUAGAGGUUGAAGUUCAUGAUCGGGAGGUUAAGGGGAUGAGGGAGGGGGCAGGUUCGAUGAGUGGGAAUGCGCCACCGCCGACGUCCGGGCCGUUUGGAGUCGCCUCGUUUGCCCUGACCGAUCUUACCCGCGGCGCCACAACCCUCACCCUAACCGCGCCCAUCCUUCCUGGUCGGUACCGCAAAGGCCGCUCGGGCGUCAAGCAGCUGCCUGCGGCGUCGUGGGUCGAGUCUGCGGCCACGCUGGCGGUGAAGGUGGAGGCGAGGUAUCCGUUGCUCGCGAGUCAGAACGCCGGGAAGGGGGGUGGGCUGUUUAGGAGAGGGGUGGUUGUCACUAGCAUAACAGACGACCACACCCCCGCCCUAGUCCAACAACACGUCGAGCGCGCCAACAUCCACGCCCUGCGGAUCCGCGCCGACGACGACGAAGACACCGACAACACGGACGCGACACUGCGGAGCGCGUUGGGUAUGCAUCAGUUGACGAGGGAGGAGAUAGCCGAUCCCGAUUUGGAUGUGAUUCUGGGAUACCAUAUCUAUGACGACCAAUACCGGAUCUUGAUGCUGGAGGGGCUGCCGGAAGGGAGAUUGGCGGAUCUUUUUGCUGCUAUAUCUGCCCAACCAACACCGCCCCUCCACACCUACUUCUCCCCCUCAGCAACCUUCAAUCGCCGCCUGUGGACCUCCAGCGCCAGCAUCCUGCACACCCAGCUGCGGUUCUCGCUCAAAUCUAUCACGAGCAAGACGGGAACGUUCCUGAGGCGGCGAACGGGGGAAAGGUGCUUUGGGGCGCUGAAUGCUUUGUUGAAGAUGAUAGACCCCCGCACCAACGACGCUACAGCCCAACUUGAGAUCGAGACUUUCCCGACCUCCGACAUGAUCCUGGCGUUGAACGGGAUGUGUGCGGAGGCUGUUACGGCUGACGAGGCGCUUUCUGAUGAGGCUCUUAGGGCUGCAGGUGGGGAUGGUGGUGCAGGUGUGGGAUGGGGGGCUGGGAUAGAAUGGGGUGGAACUGCAGCGGCGGUGGAUGUAGAUAAGGGUGCGCAUGAGGAGGGUGAGCCGGCGUUGAAGCGCCCUUAUUCGCCUGAUACCCCUCUCUUCUCUGCACCCCCGAAACAGCACUUCACCCAACCAACCCAUCCCACCUCCAAAGCCCGCCCAACCCUUCGCGGCAGCGGUGGGGCCAAACGCGUAACCUUCUCCCGCGGCACCCUCCCCAGCGCCAAACGCGUCGACGACCUCAACGUCGAUUUCGCAGCCUCAUUGGCCGAGCGUGGGUUUCGGAAAGUCAAUUUCGUGGCGUAUAACUUUCGGCAAUAUGAAGGCAUCGCAGCCGAACCGCGCAAGCGCACCCGCCAGAUCUACGUGCAUAACUACUCGAUCAAUCGGUUCUCGAGCACUGCGGAACAUUUGGAGGAGUUAAGGUUCCAGAUGGCUCAGAAUCCGACGACGGUAUACUCGUACGGCGGAACGUACCUCUCGCAACUGAUCCCGCGCGUGGACUACGACGAGGAAGUGGAGGAGGAGAGACUGGGGAGCAAGGCGAGACGGCUUCCGCCUGGCGAGUUUAUCGUUUCUACAUUUGCCGUCCCGGACAAACGCCGGCGGGGCAUGGGAGCGACGAACGCAGCGGUAGUGCCAGUGUAG